AUGCUCCUGGCCCUUCUCUCGAUCUUCAUCUUCUCGUCCGCCGCGCCGACCCACAAGGAUGACAACGGCCGUGUGCUCGUCCGCACCGACGCCGCCAAUAACACCCAGGGCUUGAACACCACCGACGUCACCCUCUACAAGAUCUUCAAGUCCGAAGAGACCUCCGCCAUCCAAUUCAAACCCUCCGUCGAUACCACUCCUGGCCCUGGUAAAACGGCGUUGUGCAGCUGGACCAACUUUCGAGGAGAUUGCCUGUGGGUCGACGCCAACGUUGGAUGCGUCGCCCUCUACAUGUACGGGGGCUUGACCGGCUUACCUACAGUCCGGUCAAUUCGCCCGGACGUGGGAUAUACUUGCGCGAUCUACUCGGACUUCGGAUGUCGUAGAACAAACUUGCUCGCAUUCGCGAAUCAUCAGGGUAUUGUGGAUCUGAAGACCAUUACGGGCCGACCCGAAUCGGCUAGGUGUUUCUGGGCAUGA